AUGGCGUCCCCGCCCGCGCCGUCCACCCGGGCAGGCGCGGCCGAUCCGAUCCUGCGCAACACGCUGCGGUACACGGUUUCGGCGCGCGAGUAUGCGACGCUGCACAAGUACAUCAUCUCGAGGUCCCGGGUGUUGAGGCGGAACGCUCCUGCCGUCGAGACCGUUGCGCGCAUGGUCAAUGGCCCGGCGUCGGGCAAGACCACGGCCAGAGUCGAGGGAGGAAGCAGGAAGGGCGAGACCAGAGGUUCGGACAAGAACAAGGCGGACAAGGAGGUCGUGGACCCUCUGGCGCCGGUUAAUGACUACAAUGUGCGGGCAGUGAGGCACUCGAUCCGCGUCUUCGUGGCAACGAGCAUCGCCAUGAAAGCCUGGGGGAUGAUCGCCAAGAGGUUGAUGGGUGCAAAGAUGGACCCGGCACAGGGCUCCAAGAAGGAACCUCUCUACAAAUCACCCACCUUCCGCCUUUCCCUCUCCCUCAGCACAAUCCUCCUCCUCUAUCGCCUCCUCUUCCGCUUCUUCACCCGGCUGCGCCUGCAGCUCCUUGACCCGUCGGCCGAGCCCUUCCGGCGCCGCAACCCGCGGACGGCAGGAACGCUCACCAGCCCCUACGCGCCGGCGAUUGGCGCCUCCCUAGCCGGUCUGGCUCUGGGCAUCUACCCGGCGCAGCAGCUGCGCCUAUCGGUGGCCAUCUACGCCCUGUUCCGCGCGCUAGAGUUUGGCUGGAACUGCGCCGAGGAGGGCGGCAUGAUCUGGGGGUGGGAAAAGGACCCGCGUGGCGGCCCAGCGAGGAAGCGGGAGAGGCCCUGGUGGUGGGGCAGCUGGAUGCUGCAGCCGUUUGCGUUUGGGCAGUUGCUGCACGCCUCCGUCUUUGACAGGGACUGCUUCCCUGCUGCCUAUGGCGAUUUUAUUUUCAAGCGGUCCGACGUUUACAUACAACGGCGGCCCGAGCAGUAUCCGAGGAACUUGACGUGGCCUGGGACGUAUGAUAUUGUGGAUAGUUUGGCCAAAAUGGCGAAGCUCGGCUGGCCACCCAUCGUCUCCCCGACUCUUUUCCCAGACAAGCAAAACACCCUACCUGAGGGCCUUGAAGCCAUCGCACCAAUCACGAACCGCGCACACCCACUCAUCACGGCUCUUUCGUGCGCCACCCUCCACCCUCAGGACCCAUCAUGCGCUCGCACAUUCUUGACCUUUUGGCUGAGGUCAUUCCCGCCCAUGGCGCGCUUCUUCCUCGCCAUGUACGCGGUGCUAGCGCUCCCACGCUUCCGCAAGCUCUACGACGCACCGGCGCGCGUCCUGCGCGGCCUUGUGACGUCGGCACUUUCGACGUCGACGUUCCUGACUGGCGCCAUUAGUACAGCCUGGGCCAGCAUUUGCUUCAUGCAGGCGUGGCUACCGAGAGGCGCACUGGCGACGCAGCGCUUCUUCCUCGGUGGGUUCGCGGCCGGGUUCUGGGCCUGGGUGGAGCGGAGGAGGGGCCGAGGCAUCUUCCUGUACAGCGCCCGGGCGAGCGUCGACAGUCUCUGGAAGGUCGGCGUCAAGAGGAGGUGGUGGCGCGCCAUGAAGGGCGGCGACGUCUGGGUGUUUGUGCUGGCCGUCAUGUUGACUGGUAUCGUGUAUGAGCGCGACCCGGCGGCUAUUAAAGAGGCCGGCUGGCGCAGAGGUGUGAGCUGGGUGAGGGGUGAGGGGUUCAGGGACUGGGCCAUCGAAGAGGAUGAGGAAGAGAGUGGCGAGGAGGAGGAGUUGGAGGUCCAGGUCGCAUUGGAGGACAGCCAGGUGGUUCUGGUUGAGAAGGAGAACUAA